AUCAUCUAUGAUGUAGGGUGUCAGUGGUGCAUUCAUUUUGCUGAAUGUGUAGCCAACUGCCCAGGGUUGUCUCUACCUGAACAGAGUCAAGUUUUGACAGCAGUUGGUAAAUUUCAUCUGAGUGCACACAAACUUCCAUGUUUUGCAAGAUUUAGUCUCAACUUCAUUCAAGGGGCUGGCCAAGUAGAUGGUGAAAUACUAGAGACUCUCUGGGCAUCUUUCAACAAGAUAUCA